ACUUGGCUCUCAGUCACUCACCCUUUUUGGCUAUGUCCUUAUCUCCAUGGUCCUCACCCUACUGCUCUGCCAUGGGGUCACCUUCCACUUCCACGUCUUGCUCUUGUGUCCUUGUUUCAGCCUUGGAUUCUGAGGCAUCCAAAUGAAGUCCCUCCCCACUGAGGAGCUGAGAGGGAUGUUAUGGCUGGGGCUAGGCUACGGGGGAUGCCUCGCACCCAUUGCUGGUUCUUUGCAACCCACUCUGCCUGGGCUUGUCUGGACAGGAAACAAUUAUGCCACUUGGAAUGGGAGGCAGGGUGACAUGUGGGAAGGGACAGUGUGUAAUAGCAGAGAGAAUAUCCAGAGGGAGGAGUUGUUCUGAAGCUGAUGUACUGGACCAAUGCCCAGGGAGGAUUUGAGGGAGCUUGAGCUACAAGAAAAAAGGCAGUGGGUCUCCAGAUUCCUGUAGCCAUGCUGCACUUGCUGUUCAGGUGGACUCUGCCCUGGGCCAUGCUCCUGCUACUACUAGGUUCCCAGCUCCUGGUGACUCCUGGGUCAAGAUCUGAAGAGGAAGCAGAGAAUAAAUACCAAAAUGCCAUGCGAAGCUACUUCCUUGGUACAGUGGAAUAUGCCUUACAUAUAUUCAACUUGCAAAGCAAUGACACGAGGGCCUACAGGCUGGUGAGCAUCCUGAAUUCCAGGAGGGAGCUGUCACUAGAGAAGAACACAAUGGCGUUCUCCAUGGAGCUGCAGCUUAGAAGAACAAGAUGUGGAAAAUUUGAUGAUGACAUUGACAACUGUCCCUUUCAAGAAAGUUCAGGGCAGAACAAUAUCAUCACCUGCUUCUUCAUCAUCAGCACUGAGCCCUGGAAAACAGAGUUUGAACUCUGGAACAAGACCUGCUUGGAGGGACACCUGCAUGGCUCAGUUGGCUAAGCAUCUGCCUCAGUCUCCAGUCAUGAUCCCAGAGUCCUGGAUCAAGCAC